AAAACAAAGUUCCUGGCACAGUCCAUGGUUGGGAUGUAAUUCCUCCUGUCAGCUUUACAUACAACAGGUCUGAUAAAAGUGGACACGGAGAAAGGCAUAAUUGCCCUCACAGGACUUUGGAAAAAGAUGCAUGUUUUAGGAGUUUACUGAUGCAAGAUGAAGAUUUAUUGGGAAAGCAGCAGCAUAUCACUGGUAUAAAGCUCACUGGAGGAAAUGAAGUAAUAAGGCCUCUGAAAUGAAACAAUACAGAUCUUUCCAAUUUAAUUUGCAACUGCCUACAAAACCAGAGCUAUCCUGAGCACAAGGACAGAUAUCCUGCUACUACGCUCAUUGUUUACAUCACAUUGGAAUGAGGUCAAGUUCUAUUUCAGUGUACUUCAAUAGACUGACGUCUGAGCACAACAAGGGAGUGCCGUGACUUUGGAAUGCACUUAAUGAAGAGAUUGCAAGGCUCCAACUGGGUAACGAGCAAGCGUGUAAGGCUGAACGAGGCAUCACAAUGGAACAGAUCAGAUGAUGCCCAAGAUGCUACACAUUGUACAACUUCCUUGUCUGGUUCAUAUUAAAACCUAAUAAGACUAAGGCAAUGAAAGCUUCAUCCAAAAAGCAACUUUUAAUGAAGAUAAAUCAAAGAUCACUUGAAUGCUUGCCAAGGCUCCGGAUAUAACCCCCCAGAAGCUGUGAUGGUGGAUUCCACAGACCAAAAACCUAUCUGCGUGCUCCCAGAAGAGAGUGGCAAUACAAGUAAAUUGGAUAGUUGUUUGAAGGAAAAGAAAUCUUCAGACGAUAUGAAAGAUGUAACUGAAGAGUGCCCAUCUGGAGUUUCUCUGCAACUAUGGAAAAAAUUUCAGGAAUUGAAAGAACGAAGGAAAGCUAUAGCUCAACCUUCAUUAAAAAAGAGGGUGAGACGAAAACGAAAAAUUGCUGCUGCAGAAGGCCUGAUAAAUGUGGGAAGGAAUAGCGAGGAGCCUUCCAUCAAAAUGCAGAAAUCCGAGGAAGAGCAGAAAACUGAGACUGAAAGCAGUGAGCUGGCCAUGAGAGAGGCCCACUGGAAUGAACUAAGGCAAUAUUUUGGAGCAAAUGAUAGAUUUAAGUCUCCUGCUUGCAGCACAUCUCGUUCAAAGACAAGUCUGGAAAAAAACCUUGACAAGGCCAUUGCUACAGGGGAUAUAGAUGAAGCGGAGCGGUUGAGUGACAACCUUGCUGUUCGUAAGCUGGGUGUGCAGAUUGCAAAGGCUGUCGAUUGUCGUGAUUUUGCAAAAGCCAAACAAGAGGCUGAAGCUUCUCAGCAGGCCCUAAAGAAGAAGCAACUUGCAUGGGGAUUUGAAGCUAAGAAGAGAUGGGAGACAAAGAGUAACAUGGGCUAUAUGUGAAGUCAUGACACAGGAUGAAAAUUAAGUGAGCACUGAGAUGUGAAACACUUGACCUGCACUUGCACUCUCAAUCCAAUCUCAAGGGAGUCAUCUGGAAGCACUUUACAAGAAUAUAACAAUGAUUGUGCCCUGCUGCUUCCAUGGCUGUACAAUAACUGAUUGAGAAUGAUUUAGCCUUCAAGUGUUUAAAAUUUGAACAUGGUCAAGAAGCUUGAAAGAAGAUUUUGCCAUUCUAUAAAUAACCUUCAGCAGGCCCAGUUGUAUCUUUUGCUGAGACAAUUUCAUAACGUGAACAAUAAAACAAUAGUUGUUUCUGUCUGCCCACAAGCUCAACCACUGUAAGCUCUGUUUACAACUGGAAGGCUGUAUUUUCAAGCCUUGAGAUUCUCUCUGAGGUAAAAUGUUUGCCUAUGUGGGGUGAACUUUAUCUGUCCCUGUAUUGUCAUGUCAUGGGCACUCCACUCAACGAAGAAAGGAAAAACUGCUUUGCAUUCCUUAAGUCCUAUUUCUACCCAUCGGUCACCAGAAUUAAAGGUGUUUAGAAGGUUGCUGUGGAAAAGAAUAUCCAGUCAUUUGACUGGAGCAUUAAGAACGGAUAACUUCUUUCUCAUAAAAUAAUUGCUUCAGUUUGCUCCAGAUGACAUGUUUGUACAUAUUAUGUGCACUAUUUCAAUGGGAUAUAGAUUGAUGAAAACUUUAUGAUUCUUUUGUAACAAGCAUAUUUAGUUGAUUUGAUGUACAGUUUACCAAUCUACUAUUUUCUGUGGAUAAAUUGGAAAGAAAGGGGUGUGUGUGUGUGUGUGUGUGUGUGUGUGUAGGGAGGGGGAGGGGAUUAUAUCAGGUACUUACUUCUGUCAAAAUGCCAACUGUCUAAUACAUGGAAGGAUAAAUAUACCUUUGCAAAAAUAAUUGGUAAUUACUAAUUUAAUUUAUUAAGUUUACUUGGUUAACACCUCAACAGCAAAGAGUUUAACAUCUGAUGACAAACUUACAAGUUUAUUACUUGUUCAAUGUAAGAUAUUUUCUGUUACAGCUGUAUAAAAUGUUUAACAUAAUUUUUUUCAUUAAGCCGAGGAAAAUUAAUGCAAGAUGAAACUGAAUUUUUUUCCCACUUUUACAUUCAGUUUGGCACAAAUAA